AUGGCGAUAGGAGGAGGUCGCGACGGGACAGAGUUGGGGGCGGAGGCUUCCUGUUCCUGGGUCACGACGGGACGGAUGCUUGCGGCUGCAGCUGGGUCGCGAGUCGCGACGUCACGUCGCAGAGAACGAGUCGCGACCAGCAACGAGAGAAGAGAAGGUCGCCGUCGCCGUCGUGAUGGUCCGAGUCUCCGAGACUCCAUCGACGGCGCGCUGGUCCGAGAGUCUCCGAUGGCGAUGGCGAUGGGCGAUGCUUUCAGUCUCGAGGGAGAGGGAGGCGGCAGGCGGAAUGAAGACUGA